AUGCCCUUUGACGACGACGACAAUCUUGCCGCUGAGCCCUCCGCGCAAACUCCAAACGGGGGGCCUACCACCGAAGACGCCCUAGAAGACGGCGUUCCGGAUUACAAGCUCUUCUCGGCCAUGUUCAGCAAAAAACCAGUAUCUAGUAAAGUCAUCCGCAAGGGGGAAAAGGACUUUGAAUCCCACGGCACCCAAGCGCAGGACAAUACCCUCGAGGCGAGCAGACAGGCACUCGAAGAAGUCCUAAGCUACACCCGCGUCCACCGCCCCGAAAACUGGAUCCGAGCCUGGUAUUUCCCAGACUGGUGGACUCAACAGCGGCCAGAAGGUAGCCAGGAGGAUGCCCUGCUGCACGAGCGCGUGGUAGCCGUGGAGCAGGAGCGCGGGAGCUGGAUGAAAGACAUUGGACGAGCUGUUUCCGGAAGCAAAGACCAGCUCGGGGUCGGCCGGCUCUGGCUGCUCCCCGAGGAGGCGCUGUACUUGAUUGAGCGUGGGAACGUGGACAUAUGGUGGCCCGACAAGGAAUUCGGAGAGCUUCUCCCACUUGGUGUUGGCAACGGACCUGGCAGGAACCAGUUUGGCCCAGAUGACUACGACGCCGGGGUGCCGUUGACCGUGGAAGCAGCGUAUGCAAUGAUGGUGGGCUACGAAGGCGAGCGUGGCAAGACAACGUUGUCGAAAUACCAAGUAUAUACGCACCUCAAACGAGCUGGAUUCAACGUCAUGCGCGCACCGAUACAUGCUCCCCCCGAACCAACCGCGCCGUCGUCCUCAUCGCAGUCACUAUGGCAGUGGCUCUUCUCCUUCGUCAGUCGAGAAAGCAAAUCGCGGCAUGGACCCUACGGCCCCCUCGUGUCGCCAGGGCUAUACAGAGCAUACCUCCCCGUCUACCAACAACUUGCCGUCAUCCCACGGCACAAGCCCUCCGCACACCCGGAAGAACACCACCACGUCCAAGAACCCUUCCGGGUUCAUUUCCAUGUCUGGAAACCCGCGGGCAUCCCCUUCUCCAAGAAGAACCCGCCGCCACCUGAUUUCCGUAUUGCGGUUGCAGAUACAGCAGACUCCAAACUACCUACCCUAGAGCAGAUUGAGGCACUGCUGGAAUCGACACCGUUUGAUUUGCCAAAUCCGAAGUGGCAAGGGCCAGGAAAGCUGUAUCAACGACUAAAACACGGUCACCGAAAUGUUCUCGUGGCAGUGGUGGAUAGGGGAUUGGUGAAUUUUAUGAGAUUCGGAGAGGCAGCUUUUGGGGCAGAACGGCUCUUUGAGAGGUUCGAUUCACGAGGCAGCGGUACAAGGGGUGGGAGGAAGGGCGGCCGCGGCCGCGGUCGUGGGAGAGGCAGAGGCAGAGGCGGGGGACGGGCGACAAGGUAA